AUGACCAUACCCACACAAGCAGCUAACGACACAUUGAACAUCACCCUGGAGGUCAUGCAAUCGCUGAUGAAGCGAUGCAUCAAGGUGAAGGAGGGCGAUCCUGAGGCCUUCAGGUUAUCGGAUGAUAUUGCCAGGCGCGUGGCAAAAGACUUGAAAUUAUAUGGUGGGAGUGCCACGUCAUUUUCCCCGUGUCUGCUCUCUUUUGCUGCCAUUGUGAGAGAGCACUCAAUGGGUGGCGCCUUUGAGAGUGUCCCUGACUGGACCACUGUUACCGACGACGACCCACGGAUCAAGAACCACCCGCGGUUUGAGAAGACCCUGGACUACCGUCCACCCUCUGCACUUGAUGUUCCUGCAAUCGCGACAUCAAGCGCAAUUCCCACUGUCGCACCCACAACAACAGCUCCCAUCAUCCCACUAUUGAUGCCCUCGGCUUCACCGCCCAUGCCAUCCCGCGAGGACUUGGAUCUCGUCACUCAGUCAGUAGCAAAACCGACAGGAUCUUCGCGGUUGCGAGCGCACAAGAGAAAGGCGGACGAUGAAGACGCCGAUGGGGUGGUUGCCAAAAAGAGCAGGAAGUCGAAGUCAAAUGUCGACAAAGGGCCCACCGGAGUAUUGUAUGUCGAACCAAAGCCUGUCACUGAUGACAAAGAUGUUCCGCCAGCCACAGACAAGGGUUGCCGAGAUGCAGAAACUCAGGCUGCAGAAUGGGGCUUGGAUGCUCAUAUCGCUACUCCACGGCAGCAUUCCGUUCAUCACCACACCCGACAGUGCGACAAAUGCACUAAAUUAAACAUACCCUGCCUUGUCCUCCCCGACAAGAAAUUCGGAUACUUGCGCCUCGCCUGCGCAAAUUGCGAUAGCAUGAAAAUCACUUGCGCAAUCGACAGUGUUGGUGUCCGGCAGCGGUUGCAAGCGGCGAAACAAUCCUCCGACCCUGCCAACCAUCCCAAGACAUCCAAGUCCCGAGUUGUCUCAAAAACACUCGUCAGACGUCCUUCCCACUCUGAACAGAGAAUCGUCCAAUGCAAAGAUGCAGAGAAAAAGUUCAAGGAGGUCCUGCCGGCAGGGGCUCAAAUGCAGUCAGAACACGGGCGGUCGCCUGGGCCCACCAACCUGCUCACAUCCGAGCCCACAGCAAGGCAGAUCCUACAGGGUAUCCAGGAUAUCAGCAGGAGAUUGGAUCUCCUGGCCCCCAAUGAGCGGGUGGACGCGUUGGAGGUAAAGGUGGGUUCCGUGGAGACCAACCUGCAGAAGCGGUUGGAUGAGUUAGAGCAACGGCUUGACACAUCUGAUGCCAGGUGGAAAUCGAUGGCAUCCCUUGGAUAG